AUGUCGCUCAAACGAAAGGCGCAAAACGCGACUAUUGACCUCAGAAACAUCGUCAAGCGUGAUUUCUCAUAUCUUGCUACCAAUCCCGAUAGCGCCAACCGUCCAUUAUGGAUUGACCCCGAGAAAGGAUACAUUAUUCUGGAACGCUUUCAUCCGUUGGCGGAUUUAGCAACUGACUUCCUUGUCACUAUUGCGGAACCUCAAUCAAGACCUGCUUUUCUCCACGAGUACAAGAUCACGCCGCAUAGUCUCUACGCUGCUGUCUCAGUUGGUCUGAAUGGUGAAGAUAUCAUCAGCACUCUUGACAAGUUUCUCAAGACAGAGCUUCCGCAGAGUAUCAAAGAGUUCAUCAGAUCGUGCACCAAGAGCUACGGAAAGGUGAAGCUUGUUUUGAAGAGCAACAAGUACUUCGUCGAGAGCAGUGAUGCAGAUGUACUUCAAACUUUACUGAAAGACAGCAUUAUCGGCCCUCUUCGAGUGUUGGGCUCUGAUGAGAUUACUACAACGAGCGCGCCAGCUUUGAGUGGCUUGGUCAUUCCAGGAACAAAGAACGCGGCCGGGGCUCAACAAGCGGAUCUCUUGCAAGCCGUGAACAAAGACGCUUCAGAGCCGGAUCACAUUGAGGCCGUUCUCAAUGAUGAAGAUAACGAUGACGAGCAAGAAGCAGUUCAUGCCUUUGAGAUUCCCGACAGCGCUGUUGAAAGCGUCCAAAAGCGCUGUCUGGACCUGUCCUACCCCAUCCUAGAAGAGUACGACUUUCGGUGUGACAGCAUCAAUCCCGACUUGGACAUUGACCUGCGCCCAAACACCCAAAUCCGACCCUAUCAAGAGAAGAGUCUCAGCAAAAUGUUCGGCAAUGGUCGCGCCAAAAGCGGCAUCAUAGUCCUCCCCUGUGGCGCGGGCAAAACCCUCGUCGGCAUCACAGCAGCAUGCACCAUCAGAAAAGGCGUCAUUGUUCUCUGUACAAGCUCUGUCUCCGCCGUUCAAUGGCGCAACGAGUUUCUCAAAUGGUCAAAUAUCAACCCAGAAGACAUCAAUACUUUUACGUCUGACAGUAAGGGGAAGUUCUCUGGGAGUACUGGCGUUAUUGUGACGACUUAUUCAAUGGUUACGAAUAGUCGCGAGCGCGCGCAUGACUCCAAGAAGAUGAUGGACUUCUUGGCAGGACGGGAAUGGGGAUUGAUGCUUCUCGAUGAGGUACAUGUCGUUCCGGCGAAUAUGUUUCGACGUGUUAUCUCGUCGAUUAAAACGCACUCUAAGCUUGGACUUACAGCUACGUUGCUGCGCGAGGAUGACAAGAUUGAUCAUCUCAACUUUCUCAUCGGGCCGAAGUUGUACGAGGCGAAUUGGAUGGAACUGUCGCAGCAGGGCCAUAUCGCCAAGGUGCAAUGCGCUGAGGUCUGGUGUUCUAUGCCGACUGUCUUUUACGAGCAAUACCUCCAGGUUUCGUCUCGUAUGAGACGGACGCUAGCCGCCAUUAAUCCGUCCAAAUUCCAGGCUUGUCAAUAUCUUAUCAACUAUCAUGAGGCGCGCGGCGAUAAGAUCAUUGUCUUCUCUGAUGAGCUCUACUCCUUAAAACUCUACGCAUAUAAGCUGAAGAGGUAUCUUAUUUACGGGGGAACAAGCCAAGAAGAGCGACUCAGGGUUCUUGAUCAUUUCCGCCACAACCCUGAAGUGAAUACCUUAUUCCUGUCCAAGAUCGGCGAUACAUCGCUUGAUCUCCCAGAGGCAACUUGUCUUAUCCAGAUAUCCUCACAAUUCGGCUCCCGCCGUCAAGAAGCACAGCGCCUCGGCCGCAUCCUGCGAGCAAAGCGUCGAAACGACGAGGGCUUCAACGCCUUCUUCUACUCCCUCGUCUCCAAGGAUACAUCCGAAAUGCACUUUGCGUCAAAACGGCAGGCAUUCCUCAUUGAUCAAGGUUACGCGUUCAAAGUCAUCACCAAGCUAGAUGGUAUCGAAAAAACACCCGAUCUCGCAUUUCCUACUCCCUCUGAACAAAGAGAAUUGUUGCAGGGCACGUUGGUUGAUAAUGAAACGGCGGUUGAUGAUGAAUUUGCUGCGGAUGAUCUCUGGGGUGGGGAGAAGACUGGUGGAAAAGGGAAGGGAAAGACUACGGUGAGGCGCGUCGCGGGUUAUCUUGAUCAACUUAGUGGUGUGCAGGAUAUGGCGUACGUUGAACGCAACUCAUCUGCCAACAAGGGUCUGAAGAGAAAAAAAGGUGAAAAGAGUGGGUUUUUCAAGAAGAUCGAUAGAGACAACAAGCGACGGAAGAACAAGUGA